AUUUUGCUGCGAGGCGCCCAGCCAACUUACCUUUUCCAUAACACAUUUGCGUUUUAGGAAGCACUGGGAAUUAUAACAACCGUGGUUAUUUCACUGUAAACAACCGCUUCUCUGUGUUAUUUUGACGGAAAUUGCGUAUCAAUAGAUGAAUUGUGACUAAGAUAUCCCUAAUACGUCGCAUUCGAGAUACACGCAUAUUUUUGUAUUCCUUCAUUUAAAAAGCCAAACGGUUAUCAUUUUGUUGCUCAAGCGUUUCAAAAACUGUUGAGGGUGUUCGUUCUAUUAUUUUAAUUUCAGGAUGGGUUUCUUCACAUUACUUUCUUAUGCUGGUACAGCUUUAGGUUUUGUCAGUUUGACUAUCAGCAUUGCUUGCGCUCUAUAUUAUCUUUCAGAACUUGUAGAAGAGCAUACUCAGUUCGCGAAAAGAAUUUUGGAAAGGAUGAUAUAUAUAGUGAUGGCGAUCAUUGUACUGUUAGUCAUCUUUGACGGGUUUCCUAAACUGCUGUCGUGCUUCUCUUUAUUUAGCUUGUUUGUGUACAAAUCGAAUUUGGACACAUACCCUGUAUUCAGGUUCACAAGACCGAAAUUUCUGUUGGCUUCUGUACUUGUCCUUUUGAAUCAUUGGUUUUGGUAUAGGUUUUUCCAAGAACACCAGUUCAAUCGUGGUAAUACUGGAAACACCUACGAUCUGUUCUCCCUGAACAAUACAUCACGAGCAAGUUUCUCGGAGAUAGCCUCGUUUAUGGGAAUCUGCGUUUGGGCUAUUCCUAUGGGCUUUUUCGUUUCUUUCACUGCAGCAGACAUGGAUCUUCCAACCGCUUCUUCGCCAUCUAUCAAUGGUGCGACUUCAUUUUCCUCGCCUUCACAAUCGAAACGACAUAAUCUUGUGCGUAAAAUUUACAGUUCUACUGGGGACUUCAUUCACCGUCUUCUUAUCGUUUUGGGCUUUGACGAUCGGAAUCGCUCAAGUCGUCCAUCCUAUGUCUAAUUUGUUCGCUAACUCUAACAUUACAAACUUGGGACAGAGAUGACACACCUCUUUGGAUAAUGAAUUGUAUAUUAAUUUGGGAUACAGGUUAAGAAUUAGUCGAAACAUACGGGGGAUUGAUUAGCAGGAUGUGUGUUUGAGUGGGACCUGGUAGUGUAAUU